GCAGUGAAGAGAAGAGGAAAUGAGUCAUAGGAGCUGUAGCCAGAGCGUGGGUGUGGGCUUUGUUAAAACAAGGCCCACUCUCGCCAUGACUGACUCACAUGCGCUCUGCGCUACGCUGCGCUGUUCUGCGCUCUAACGCUCCACAUCAGCCGCCGCUUUCACACUUCAUACACACACUUCACAUUUCACACACUCUGAAAUUUGACUAUACGAAGCUCAAUGGAUAUCGGCACUCUUUUCCGUACCCUCUGCUUGGUUCUCGUGGCUGGAACCCAUUUAAGUGGAACAAACGCGGAAAAAAGUUACUCAUGUGCACAGUCAGAGUUCUUUAACAGCGAUCUGGGUGAUUGUGUGCCUUGUUCUACAUGCAUACAGUUCCCCAAAACCCCAUCAUGUAACACAUGCCCACCAGUCGAGCACCUUGAUUCCUGGAGAGUAGCAGCCAUUACCAGUUUCUCAGUGCUGGCAGCUGUGGUUGUUUUCGGAGCCUUGCUCAUUGGAGUGCUAGUACAUCAAUGCAAGUCCAAAAGGACUUUAAGCGAGCCCAUCGAAGAAACCACAGGUCCUCUUUAUCCGGUGUAGGCAGAUCAUUAGCAACAGUGAAAGGGAAAGAAGAAUUCAAGGUAUCAAGGAAGCUGUUGAUACAGUCGGCGAUCUGUUUGCUAAUACAUUGACUACAGAGUGUACUAUUAGUAGCAUUUGACUUUUCUAAUUUAUUAUUUUUGGUAGAUCCAACAUAGGCUAUUAACACUCCAGAAUAUUCAGUUGGUAUAGAGUCACUGUGAUCUCAAAAACCUCAGACUUUGUCCAUCACUGUGUGAGCUUACUUAAGGUGCUUUUUGAGUGGACUCCUAUACAUCAGCAACAAUCAGAUGCCUUACAACCGAUGCCUUACAACCAAUACAAACGAAGGAAAUGGUUUGUGAACCUCUAUUUUUUUUAAAGGCAUUCUAUUUUUUUUUUAGUGUUUUUUUUACUUAGAACAUAAGUGAUUCUGCUUUUUUUCCAUAUCCCAUUUUGAGCAUUAAUGGCCCCUUGUGUUCUUACAAUGUCUAUGAAUGUCCAUUUUUUUUAAUCCAGUGAAAACUGCCAUAUCCUUCCAGAACUGUAGUGUAGAAGUGGCUGUUUUAUAUAAAGAAAUACCUUUUAUACAGAAACUGUUUACCUCCACAUUAGUUUUAUACUGGCCUAUUGAAUGUAAUAUGUAAUCAAUGAUUUGUAGAUACAUUUUGUAUAUAUUUGUGUCCUAUGCACUGUUAGGAUGUGGUCAUUGUAGUGCUCAGAAUGUUACUUAGUCUUUCUUUGGUGUUGCGGAAAUGCAAAUCUGAAUACAGGCAGGUGAGAAAUUCAAGGAAAAACAGCUCUGUCGGGAGGUAGAGUCUGGGGGUUGGGGGAAUAAGUACUCAUUGAAUUAGUUUGAUAAGUAUGAAAAUGAUCAAAAUGUUAUGCUAUGGCUUUUGCUGACACUCAGACUAAUUAAAUACCAAUCUUGCAUUGAUUCUUUGAGACUUCAAACAGACAACAGCCCUGAUUCUCCAGGAAAGUUACAGACAUAUUUUGUGGUCUUGACACGCAUUGCCAAAGUGCCAGGAUAUGUGAUGUCGCUUUACCUUAGCCAGAUAAGUGUAUGUUUUUCCUUUGAAUUUGCCUGUAUCUCAUCCAGAAAAGCUGCAUGUGACGAUGGCAUGUGACUGAAUAGGCUACAACCAGUAAACAUAAUUGUAAACUACAUAUUAAAAUACAUUCAUUUGUUCUUACAUAUGCUGCCAUUCCAUUUUGAUGUAUUAUAACAGAUUACAUAUCUGACCAAUGAUCACCCAACAAACCAGAACCCUCAACAACAGAAUGAGCAAUGGGCAUACCAUGUUUCAGACAAAAUAUAUCGGUAAAGCUAAGAUUAAUUAUACUACUUUCAUUUUAUAUCUUUUUUUUUUUUUGUUAGUCGCUGUUAGAUUAGAUCAAAAUUAAGGCCAGCGUUUGAUCCUUUUUAAAAAGGUUCACCUGAUGUUAGACUGUAAAACAGCCUAAGCUUUUAUAGGCAAUAAACUGAGACAACUGUUGCAUAUUCAUUGAAUGUGUAUGUAAAAGCAUGAUAUUUCUAAAUGUUUUGAAUGAAUAUGGACUGUAAAUAAAGGAUUUCCAAAUAAA